AUGGGUAUAGCAGAAAAUAGUCGUCCCCAUAAAAGGAUUAAAUUCUCACAUAGACCUACAAUUGCUCAAGUUGAAGAAGACGAUGAUGAUUCCAUUUCGAAACUCAUAAUUCAUGAUAGUGUGAAUAAAGAAGGAGAAUUAAUGAAAGAUUUUACAAAGUUGGAACUGAAACCUGAUCACGAAAAUCGACCGCUAUGGGUUUGCUGUGACGGUCGCGUUUUCUUGGAAACAUGUUCUCUUUGUUAUCAACAAGCUACUGAUUUCCUUAUAGCUAUUGCUGAGCCUGUUUCCAGGCCUCACUCUAUUCAUGAAUAUAACCUCACACCUCACUCUCUUUAUGCUGCCGUUUCUUUAGGCCUCCAAACUCAUACUAUCAUCUCUGUGUUGAACAAAUUAUCAAAGACUAAUCUUCCUAAAGAGGUUCUUGAUUUUAUUCAAGCUUCAACCUCUAAUUAUGGUAAAGUAAAACUAGUACUCAAGAAAAAUCGUUACUUCAUCGAAUCCCUGUAUCCGGAAGUGCUGGAAAAGCUACUCAAUGAUGAUGUUAUAUCUCGAGCACGAAUAAUUGCAAGUAGUACGAGUGAAGAAGAAGAAGAAGAAGAAGAGACGAAAACACAAUAUUCCUUUGAAGUUGAUCCUGUACUAGUUGAAAGUGUAAAGCAACGUUGCUUACCAAACGCGUUAAAUUAUCCAAUGUUGGAAGAGUAUGAUUUCCAGAACGAUUCUGUAAAUCCUGACUUAGAUGUAGAGAUGAAAGUUAAUGCUCGGCCACGGCCUUAUCAAGAGAAGAGUCUUAGUAAGAUGUUUGGGAAUGGCAGAGCUAGGUCUGGUAUUAUAGUGCUUCCAUGUGGCGCGGGGAAAUCGUUGGUUGGUGUUUCUGCAGCAACAAGUAUUAAUAAGAGCUGUCUUUGUUUAGCUACAAAUGCGGUAUCUGUUGAUCAAUGGGCUCAACAAUUCCGGCUAUGGUCCACAAUUCGAGAUGACCAAAUAUGUCGUUUUACUACUGACAGCAAGGAACAGUUUCGCGGGGAUAAUGCUGGAGUAGUGGUGACAACUUAUAAUAUGGUUGCUUUUGGUGGGAAACGUUCUGAAGAAUCCGAGAAGCUUAUUGAACAAAUAAGAAAGAGAGAAUGGGGAUUGCUUCUUUUAGAUGAGGUCCAUGUAGUUCCUGCUCAUAUGUUUAGGAAAGUCAUCAGCCUCACAAAAUCUCACUGCAAACUUGGACUUACUGCCACAUUGGUUAGGGAGGACGAAAGGAUUACUGAUCUGAACUUCCUUAUCGGUCCCAAGUUGUAUGAGGCUAAUUGGUCUGAUUUAGCAAAAGGAGGAUUUAUUGCAAAUGUGCAGUGUGCUGAGGUCUGGUGUCCCAUGACUAAGGAGUUUUUCGCUGAGUAUUUGAAACAGGAAAAUCAAAGAAAGAGACAGGCUUUAUACGUAAUGAAUCCUAAUAAAUUCAGGGCUUGUGAGUUUCUGAUCAGGUACCACGAGCAGCAGCGUGCUGACAAGAUUAUCGUAUUUUCUGAUAACCUGUUUGCAUUGACAGAGUAUGCAAUGAAGCUUCGGAAGCCUAUGAUCUAUGGUUGUACCAACCACGUGGAGAGGAUGAAAAUUCUCGAAGCAUUUAGAACUAGUCCAGUGGUGAACACCGUUUUUCUUUCAAAAGUGGGUGAUAAUUCCAUAGACAUCCCUGAGGCAAAUGUGAUCAUUCAAAUUUCGUCCCAUGCUGGAUCAAGGCGCCAAGAGGCACAACGUCUAGGUCGCAUACUCAGGGCAAAGACGCACCCUAAAGGGGGAUCAGGGAUAGAGGAAAAAUACGAUGCCUUCUUUUACUCGCUUGUGUCAACCGAUACACAAGAAAUGUACUACUCAACAAAGAGACAACAAUUCCUGAUUGAUCAAGGUUACAGCUUUAAGGUGAUAACGAGUUUGCCUCCGCCAGAUUCAGGACCAGAGUUGAGGUAUUACAAUGUUGAGGAGCAGCUUGGGCUUCUGGGAAAGGUACUAAGUGCUGGUGAUGAUAUAGUUGGUAUGGAGGAAAUAGAAGAAGAAGACACAGAUGGCAAAGGCCUUGAUAGAGCAAAUCGCACUGUGGGAUCAAUGAGCACUUAUUCAGGAGCCAAAGGAAUGAUCUAUAUGGAAUACAGUGGAGGCCAAAAGAAACCUGGAUCUGGAGGGCUUGUCCAGACAAAGAACAAGCCCAAGGACUCGUCCAAAAGACACUUUUUGUUCAAAAAACGCUGCGUAUGAAUAGGGCAAUGUUAUCGGUAGAAAGGCGCUAUGUAAAGUUUGUCUUAGAUAGUAAAGUAGUACUUCGAUGUCGCAUGUAGCUGCUAGUCUAGAGCAUUUGUAAAUAGUUUUAGGUAGGUUCAUU